GGGCUGGGGAAGGAGAUGAUGUGGGCUGGUUUUCUGGGUUACCCGGCUGACAUCCCGCCCUGCGUUCCUGCGUAAACAGGCGGUUCCCUCGGCAACGCCUGGAACCCACGUCAAGGUUCCAGCAGUCCCGGUGGUGACCGCCCCGUUUCGGCCGAGCCCCACCCACUCCUCGCAGUGGCCGCUUGGGUCAGUGCGGCCUUUCACCCUGCUGCGGGAUGAGCAGAGCGACGGCCUACACGGGGCCCCAUGGAGGAGCAGGCGCGGCCACUCGGCCGCCCGCCCGCAAGCGUGGCCUUACUGGGCAGCGCGCAUCCGGGCGGGGCGGUUUCCACGGCCACCGCGGCCGCGCUGUCGUUCAGCGCCGUCGCCACGGUAACGCUGGGAAACCAGAGCAAUGCGGGCCGACUGGAGGUAGUGGGGUCUCGGGGACCUGCACCGCUGUUGUGGCAUGGGGCGGCGGUGGCCGCCCAGGCGCUCGUGCUCCUGCUCAUCUUCUUGCUGUCUAGCCUGGGCAACUGCGCGGUGAUGGGGGUGAUCGUGAAGCACCGGCAGCUACGCACGGUCACCAAUGCUUUCAUCUUGUCCUUGUCCCUGUCCGACCUGCUCACCGCGCUGCUCUGUCUACCCGCCGCCUUUCUAGACCUGUUCGCGCCUCCAGGAGACUCGGGGCCCUGGCGCAGCUUCUGCGCCGCCAGCCGCUUCUUCAGUUCGUGCUUUGGCAUCGUAUCCACAUUCAGCGUGGCGCUCAUCUCGCUGGACCGCUACUGCGCCAUCGUGCGACCGCCGCGGGACAAGCUGGGCAGGCGACGCGCGCUGCAGCUGUUGGCCGGUGCGUGGCUGGCUGCGCUCGGCUUCUCCCUGCCCUGGGAGCUGCUUCGGACGCCCCGGGAACCCCCUACUCCUCAGAGCUUCCACCGCUGCCUUUACCGCACCUCUCCAGACCCCGCGCAACUGGGCGCCGCCUACAGCGUGGGGUUGGUGGUGGCCUGCUACCUGCUGCCCUUCCUGCUGAUGUGCUUCUGCCGCUAUCACAUCUGCAAGACCGUGCGCCUGUCCGACGUGCGCGUGCGGCCGAUGACCACCUACGCCCGCGUGCUGCGCUUCUUCAGCGACGUGCGCACCGCCACCACCGUGCUCAUCAUGAUUAUCUUCGUCAUCUGCUGCUGGGGCCCCUACUGCUUCCUGGUGCUUCUGGCUGCGACUCGGCAGGGUCAGGCCACGCAGGCCCCUUCGCUGCUCAAUGUGGCGGCUGUCUGGCUGACGUGGGCCAAUGGGGCUAUCAACCCUGUCAUCUAUGCCAUCCGAAACCCCAACAUUUCCAUGCUCCUAGGGCGCAGCCGUGAGGAGGGGUACAGGACUAGGAACAUGGAUGCUUUUUUACCCAGCCAAGGCCUAGGUUUGCAGGCCAGAAGCCGCAAUCGCCUUCUAAAUGGCUGUGCCAGCAGGCUGGGGACUUGCAGCAGGAUGCCUUCUUCCAACCCGACUAGCGGGGCAGGAGGGGAAGUGGUCAUGUGGGCUCGCAAAAACCCAGUUGUGCUGUUCUUCCGAGAGGGACCACCAGAUCCGGUUGCAGCAGACAGCAAACAGCAUAAAUCUGAAGCUAGGGAUAGUAGCCUCUAAAAAAGGUUGGGGUGGACAGCUUGUAAUAGCAGAUUUCCAGCCCUCUCAUUUAAUGAUGCAGGAAUCCGGGGAGAACUGCGGAUUUCAUA